AUGCCCUUCAACAACUAUCAGGAUUACGUUCGCGGAUACCCAUAUGUGGGCGGUCGAGACGUUGUUCGUCCUCACAUCGGACGAGGUCUUGGUCGUGGCCAGCCCCAAGGGUUUAGAAAUGCCACACUAGGUCCGAGCUACGGCCAACAGCAAUGGAAAUACCAGCAGCCCGCCUUUUAUCCCCAAGGAUACGGCAGAGCUGCCCACAACUACUAUCAGCUUGCUUCUCAGCAACUUCCGCUCACUGCAGUGACUUUGCACUCUCAGCCUCUGUAUGCUGAACCACUCAGUGCGGCAGUCAACAAUGCUAUCCGUCUCUCGUUGAACGCCAAAUAUCCUCAGCAUCAGGGACAGCCAGUCAUUCAAAGCCAUUCGGAGAGUCACAGUCAAGAAGUUCACCCUGAACAGGCCCCUAGAGGCACUAAGCGCAAGAACAACACGGAACAUGGCGAACAGGCGAACAUGACACAUAUUGCGGACCCAGCUGUGUUUGGCGACCACCAUGGCAGCAUGCACGAGAAGAACGCGAUCAAUCAGGGGGGCCAUGCAACCUUUGCCAACCGCGAAGCUGCCAUCCAGGCAAUUGAGGGCAUGUUCCAGCGAGGCGAGCCCAUCACUAUCUCUUGGAAUUCAGGAAUUUCGACAGCACCACCAAAGAUGGCUCCCAAAAUGCCUUCCCGCACGGCAAAGCGACAGCGAAUAGUCUCAGGCCGGGACAGCCUUGCACUCGAGCGAGCUGACCCCGAUAUCUACUUCAAGCUGAGAAACACCAAUACUCACCUAAAGGCAGCUAACAACUCCACGAUCUGCGGGAAUUGUAAGAACAGAGGUCACACGGUAGCCAUGUGUCAUCAAGUCCAUGAAACUGGCUUCAUUCGUGGCUGUGCCAUCUGCAACUCCUCUCAACACAAUACCUGGAAUUGCCCUGAGUUCCCAAAGAACGACACACACGAGAUGAUAAAUAUCAUGGUCUUCAGCAGGGCCAAUAUGCCACCUCUUGCAGGGAAAUUUUGGUAUCCUAUGCUGUUUGACUACAUGCAGGCAAAUCCCGACACUUUCGUCCCUGGACUCCCGUGGAGUCUACAACAUAGCAAGAGGUUUUACAUCUCUAGGGGCAUCCAAGAUCCCUUCCUCCUUGGUCAGCAUCGUCGUGACACUGAGAAACUGGGAGGCGUUGACCCACGCACCUCUUCCUGGGAGAAUACAAAGGCCUACUAUGGUACAGACAAGCACCAGAAACUACCAGAGGCCGCAGGCAAACCAUAA